CUGGUAAAAUAAAAGCUGCUUUUAGACUAAUUCGCUCGAAGGAAGACCUUAUAAUUGGGCCAUGGAAUUUUGUUUUCAAUUGACCAUUUAGAUCCAAAUAUAAAUUUUGUUUUUUGAAAAUGGAUAGUAAAUACGCCGAUUAUCUGAUCUGUGGAGAGAUUUUUAAGUCGCCUGCUCAUUCCAACAAAACCCCCUAUAUUUUAAAGUGUCAUCAGUGUUCCGAUAUAUUUCUACUUUUGGAAUCAUUCAUUUUUCACAUUGAGGACUAUUGUAAGCCAAUCGUGAAGGCCGAAUCAACAAUACCAAAGAACGUGAAGGCUGAGAAGCUAUUGCCACAGAGCAGCUUUACCAUUCUUGAUGAUACAGCGGUUGUUGUGAAAAAUGAGCCUAUAAUAGAUGUUGAAUUUGAGGCCACCUCAAUGAUGAGAAAAGAAACAACCGUGAAAGGUCUAACAACAAAUCUAAAUGACACGAAUAAAGUCUUAGAUGAGUGUACUGGAUUUCUGAAAGUAGAAACAAAUGCAGUACCAGAAACGGGAGAUGGCAGUAGUACCGAUGAAGCGGAAGAAGGCAACGAUGAGAUGAUGGAGGUCUACGAAGUUGUGGAGGAGUGUGAAUCCGAGGAUGAUGAUGACAAAACGACAACAGAUGACUCCACACCUUCAUUUGUGGCAAAAUUUAUGGAAUCGCGAACACAUGUAAUUGCCCUGAUAACUUCGUACAAAAAACUUUUACAGGAAAAAGGUUUGAAGGGGCAUGCAGAGGAUAACGGCUUAAAAUCCCUACAACAAAGUGAUUGGAAUAAGCUGACGAGGGAUAUUAAUAGCAAAUGUCAUUUGAAUGUAUCUUCAGAAGAUGUGGCAAACAUACUCGAAUAUUUUUAUCAGCAGUAUAGAGAAUAUCUGAUGUGUCUUACCGAUACCAAAGCAACGAAAUAUAGCAAACCGCGUUGGUACUUUGAGUAUUUGGACUUUCUGGAUACACCAAAAGAGGGCAACAUAUUGCAAAUCGACGAGCACCCCUCUAUUUUGUCCCAGGAAGAAAUUAUCGAAAUAAUAGAUAUUUAUAAAGGAUACCCUUUUCUUUGGAAUACAGACUUGGCUGAAUAUUGUUGUACAAAUCCCCGUCACGAAGCUCUGGAAAAUAUGUUAUGGACCUUAGAAGUACAAUUAAAAAUCAAAGUCAGCCAAAACGCCUUAAAAAAGUAUAUAAGAUGCCUACACAAUUACUUCCAAAAAGAAAAACUAAGACGAAUGAGAAAUACUAACUUAAAACAUUUAACGGACGUCCUUUAUAACAAAAUGGACUUUCUUUCGAAACACAUUGGCCCCUUCAGAUGUUCCGAAUGCAACCUCGAAGUAAAAUGUCCAUUUACAUUAAAAAUUCACAAAUUUGGCAUUCAUGGAGGUGAUUUACCCUUCACAUGUUCCACAUGUCACACACAAUUCCGCUCACUAAACUCAUAUGUUUUUCAUGCUAAGAAACACGUGCAGGAUCUUAGUAUAGAGUGUAAAAUUUGUGAUAAGAGAUUUCUCCAUUCAUACGAACUGAAAAAACACAUGUUUAGCCACAAUGAAUAUAAAAGUAGUUCUAAUGAAAAAUACAAAUUAAGUCCAGCCAAUGUUGUCCCCAAUAGACGAUUAAAAACAACAGUAAGCAUAAGUAGCCCUACAACAACUGCAAUAAAACCAGCAGUGGAACCAUCAACGUCAACAUUUUUUGGACCUCUUAUGUGUAAAAUAUGUGGCAUACAUUUUAAGGCUAGAAAAAGUUUAAAUCAACAUUUGAAAAUGCAUCAAAAUAAAUAAAAGUGUUAUAACAUUACAAUAGUAUAAGUUUUUAACUAAUAAGUCAUGUAAAUAAAAUUAUCUCAAUAAGGAAAUGAUUUAAAAAA